AUGAAAGCCGUUUGUGCGGAAUUGUCGGAAGAAACCUACUUCGGCACCGGAGCGUUAACUCACUUCAAUGAGCCGUGCGACCUCGAAGAAGUCGGCGAAGAAUCGACGGAGACCGAGUCGUCUCCGUCAAAGAAGCCCAAAGAAUCAAAGACCGGCGAGAGUUCAGGUGAGGACGACAGGGAUUCGAAGAUGAACAAGCCGCCGUGCCAGUACUGUAUCGAUCAUCAUCGCCCGAACUAUGAGAAACACGCCGAAUCUAAAUGCUGGAUUAAGGAUAAAUCCAAAUUUCCUGAAAAAUGGGUCAAGAAAGCCUUCGAAAUUGCAAAGAAUUGA